AUGUCGGGAGCGAACAUCCAACCGUUAAGCACCGUCGCUGAAAGCGAGGACAUACCACGAACGAAGGAGAAGCUGGAGGAGCUCUCUAAAGCUGGUUCCAUUCACUACUCCACCAAGAACUUUGCGGCUGCUGCUGAGAACUACGCCAAUGCUGUCGAGAUCCAAGCGGAGCUGAAUGGCGAGAUGGCGCCCGAAAACGCAGAGCUACUUUUCUAUUAUGGACGCGCACUCUACAAAGUCGCAGUCGCCAAAAGCGACGUACUAGGCAACAAGGUCGCACAAGAAGAGAAGAAGAACCCAAAGUCCAAAAAGGCCAAGAAAGCAGCCAAUGGAGAAGGUUCGAGCAGAGUUAUUGCUGAGCAAAAGGAAGAGUCUGUGGAGACGAAGCCAUAUUUUCAGCUGCAAGGAGACGAGAACUGGACGGACUCGGAAGAGGAAGACAUGGAAGAAGCAGAUGGUGAGCAGGAAGAAGAGGAGGAUGACUUUGGGAAUGCAUACGAAGUCUUUGAGCUGUCUCGCGUGCUCUACUCGAGACAAUUGGAAGCUUUGGAAGGUGACGCUGCGGAUAAGGGCAAGGGGAAGGCGGAAUUGAGCCCACAAGCGCGCAAGCUCAAGGAAAGGAUAGCUGAUUGCCAUGGCUUCCUUGUCGAAAUCUCAUUAGAGAAUGAACGUUUCCAUGAUGCCAUCUCAGACGCACGUGCUUCUCUUGCACUACAAGAAGAACUGUAUCCCUUCGAACACGAGAAUGUCACAGAGGCGCACUACUCGCUAUCGCUGGCACUCGAAUUCGCGUCCGUCUCGAAAGUACGCGAAGAUCAGACUGGCAAACAACCCGAAAUCCCAGACACCUCGCAGCCACCUGAAGAUGACAAAGACGGCAUAAAUUGGGAGCUGAGAAAAGAAGCGGCCGAGCAGACGGAGCUCGCCGUAAAGAGCCUUGAAGCACGGUUGAAGAAAGAAGAAGCAGCCUUGGAUUCUGAUAAACUCACGCCCGAGCAGAAGAAAGAGAAGCAGGCUAUCAUUGAAGACAAGAAAGGCAUGUUGGAGGACCUCAAGGCACGCCACAUGGAUCUACAGUCAGAUCCUACCAAGCAGGAAUUCGAUAGCAUAGAUCCUUCUGUCAUGCAAGGUCUUCUCGGCGGCUUACUGGGUGCCGAUGCUGCUACACAAAAGGCAAAGAUUGCAGAGGCGACCAAGUCAGCGAAUGAUGUGACAGGUUUGGUAAAAACUAAGAAAAAGGCAAAAGCACCUGCACCACCAGCUUCGAAUUCCGCAGCGGGAAGCAGUGGCAAGAGGAAGUUGGAAGUUGAUGAAGCUGGGCAAGAAGGGAAGAGAUCCAAGACUGAGGAGCCUGCAUGA